AUGGUUUUGCUAGGGCCAGAAGAUUGUACAUGUAAUAAGGACGUGGAUCACCGUCUCGUUCGGAAAAACAAUACCGUUUCACCUCCUUUUGCUCAGCCGAGAAGAAGAAACUUUCCACCUGCUUUAACGGAAGCAGAGUUGAUAUCGGUAUUUAGGCGCUUUGAUGGUGAUGGAGACUGCCGCCUCAGCUGGCAAGACCUUAAGAAUGCAUUCCACAGCCUAGGUUCCUGGUCUCCAUCCUACCGAGCUCUCACGGCGCUUUGUCACGCUGAUAAAAAUCGAGACGGAUACAUAAGCGAGGACGAGAUGGAUGACCCUAUUCGGUAUGCUUUGAGUUGUGGGUAUUGUGCUCGGUAG